AUGGCAUCGGAAUUGAAUUUUGACAAAUUAUUUAAUAUAUCUAUACUCUGUAUGAAGAUCAACCGUUCUCAUCCCAAUGUGAAAAGAGAUAUGAAAUGGGCUCUUCAAUUUCUUGUUAUGCAUGGUGUUACUACAACGUUUUUCUGCAUGUUACUCUACAGUACUGUAAUGCACGAUUUAAAAAAUAAAAAUUUCACCCAAGCAUGUGCUAACGGAACAAUUGCAAUACUUUACACGGUUGUGAGUUUUCAGUACUUUAUGAUGGUCUGGUAUCAGGAUAAAUUAAGGGACAUGAUUACAAUUAUGAAAAGAGACUUUGCCGACUGCACACUGGAAGAACGGAUUUUGGUACUAAAGUACGCAUAUAGAGGAAGAUGGGUUUCGAAGUUAUGGUUUGUUGUAGCCUCUAUGUCAGGCGGUCUAUUCCCUCUCAAGUCUGUAUUUUCUAUGAUCUAUUACGCAACCAAACAUGAGGUUAGACUUGUUCCUGUAUACGAUUUAACGUAUCCGAAGCUUUUGGAGGAGAUAAAGAAUGACUUCAUACCUUUUACUAUUAUCUACUUUGCAAUGCUCUGGUACGUCUUCUAUGCUUCGUCUAUGUACAUAGGCAUAGUUCCUAUGGGCCCCAUUUUUAUGCUACAUGCAUGCUCUCAGUUAGAGAUAGCGAAGAGGAAAAUACGUAAUUUUUAUCCGUUAAAUGGAUAUAGACACGCAGAUACAAUGGAAAAAAUGAAGGAUGUUGCAACGCAUUUACAGGAAAUUCACGGAUUUGUCGGGAAAAUUCAAAGCACAUUUCAAUACAUAUACGAAUUGUACAUGAAAGGAUCUGCGGUCACAAUACCCAUCACUGCCUAUCAGGCAAUACAGUCUUUCCAUGAUGGGAAUAUCAGUCUGGAAUUCGUUACAAUAACAUUUGCCUGUGUGUUUUUGACUAGUAUUCCCUGUUACUACUGUGAUUUACUAUUGGAAACCGGUGAGAGCGUAGGGGAAGCGGUUUACUUCAGUGGCUGGGAGAAGCAGUGGGACCGCCAUGAGCGUAACCUGACGCUGAUGUUGCUUCUGCGCUUGACACGUCCUAUGGCUGUGCGGUCCAUAUUUCGAACGAUGUGCCUAGAUGCACUGACCGAAGUGUUCCAACAGGCAUACGCUAUUUUCAACGUCUUAAAUGCAUCAUGGAAUUGAAGCAACAUUCACGAAGUUUACGCACGCCU